UUGGUAUACCUGUAGAUUCAAAAAGUCAGUGGUGUCAGUUAGGCUAUGCCUUCAGCUGGUACCGGGUUUGAUGUGAAGCAUUUAGAAAUUUUUACUUUUAUUGUUGGAAAUCAUCAAUUGUAAAAUGUCUUCCAAGGCUAAGUCAACCAACCAAAAUAUUCAAGUGUUCGUUAGAGUCAGGCCUUCUAAUGCCUCGGAGCAGAAGUCUCGGUCCAUCGUAGAUCUUAAGUCUGACAGAGAAAUUUCUGUAAAAGAUCCUAAGCAAAGCAACACCUUUAAAACAUUUGCUUUUAACAAUGUUUUUGGACCAAAUUCUGCUCAAGUUGAUGUUUAUCGUUCGGUGGUCCAACCUCUCAUUGAUGAGGUUCUCAGUGGUUAUAACUGUACUGUGUUUGCCUAUGGUCAAACAGGUACAGGUAAAACUUUCACGAUGGAAGGUGAACGUUCCACUGAUGCUAACGUGACAUGGGAAAAAGACCCACUGGCUGGUAUUGUACCUCGCACCCUAAGUCAGCUCUUCGAUGAAUUAAGACUGUUGCAAGUGGAUUUCUCUGUCAAAGUUAGUUUCCUCGAACUGUACAAUGAAGAGUUGUUUGAUCUCCUUUCUUCAUCAGAUGACAUGACAAAAUUGAGGAUCUUUGAAGAUAGCUCAAAGAAAGGUGCUGUGAUUGUCAGUGGCCUUGAGGAAGUUUCCGUCCAUUCCAAAGCUGAUGUCUACAACAUCAUGAAGAAAGGAUCUGAUAAACGUCGAACAGCCUCUACUUUGAUGAAUGCAAGAUCCAGCCGAUCUCACACAGUUUUCACUGUGACUGUCCACAUCAAGGAAUCUGCCAAUGAAGGAGAAGAAGUUAUGCGUACAGGAAAAAUGAACCUUGUAGAUUUGGCAGGUUCAGAGAACAUUGGACGCUCUGGAGCAGUUGAUAAACGUGCUCGCGAAGCUGGAAAUAUAAACCAGUCUCUCUUGACAUUGGGCCGAGUUAUCACUGCUUUGGUCGAUCGAUCUCCGCACGUUCCUUACAGGGAAUCCAAACUUACUCGCAUCCUCCAAGAAUCAUUGGGUGGCCGUACUAAAACUUCCAUCAUAGCAACUGUGUCUCCGGCUGCAUGUAAUCUAGAAGAAACUCUGAGCACACUUGAUUAUGCUCAUCGUGCCAAAAACAUUCUAAAUAAACCAGAGAUUAAUCAACGCCUUUGCAAGAAGACCAUGUUGAAGGAGUAUUCAGAAGAGAUUGAGAGACUGCAGCGGGAUUUGGAAGCAACCAGACAACGCACUGGUGUCUACUUAGAUCAGUCAGAAUAUGAUAACAUGAUGCUCAAUCUUGAACAGUUAGCUGAAGAAAUUAAAGAGAAAGAGGAAGAGUUGGUCGUGUCAACAGAAGAAAUGGAAAAGAAAAAGGCAAUCUGUGAAGAGCUCGGCAACAGAACUCAGGAAGUUCAGGCGACUGUUAAAGAACGCACCGCUAUCAGAGAUGAACAAGUAUCAACAUUGUCAAAGUUGAGAGCUGAAACCUCUCAGAUAACUACAGAUAUCUCUGAAAAAGAUUACCUUAUGCUUUGUCAUAUGGAUACUCUUCAAGUUCUUUCUUCUCAAGCAAACACGCUCCAUAAAUCAACUAUUGAAUCAACUGAAAAUGUUGGUCUUCUUUAUGAUAAAAUAGAUCGCACAAGAAGUGCUUGUCAACGCAAUGAAUCUUCCAUUGAAGAAUUUGCCGAAAAGAAUAUUGAAAUUACUGAUGGAACAAAGGCUGUCAUCAAAGAAAGUAUGAAGUCUUUAUCCAAUGCUGUGUGUGGACUUGAAUCUCUAUCUGCACAGAAUUUAAACUUAAUGGGCACUCAUUUACGUAAUAUUGAGUCUGCUGCUGAAGGGUUUUCAAAAGUUCAAGAACAGACUUCAGCCAUUUGUGAGAAAAUAAAUGAGGUUGUAAAUGAAGAGCCUGUCUUAAAAGCUGAAAUAGAUGUACUUCAGACAUGCUAUGAAGAAUCCCAUGUAACGUUCGAAGAUCUCAACAAAGAGUUGCUUGCCACAACAAACAAAAUGAAAGAAGUCCUCUCUGUGGAUUUUGGAAUCAUCACUGAUUUACAUUUGCAAAUCAACAUGGAAUGUGAUGUUCCAAGGGAUAUUCUGAAUGAUUGGACUUCUACUGAACCCCUUUCAGAUAUGACUUUGUCUUUUGCGAACGAAGUGGAGAGUUCAAUGAAAAUAAUCGACAGAGGUUCCAGUGAUGAUGAGGCCUUCUCACAGAAACAUCUUGAGAAGCAACAGGUCUGUGAAGAGAAAUUUAAAGCUAUUUCUAGGUUACUAGAAGAAAUUGUAUCUGUAGGAGGUGACAUGAUUUCAACAGCCGAUGCUCAUGGUAGAUCUGUAAAGGAAAGUGUAAACACAGCAAUGACAAAAAUGGAAGAAGCCAAGGAUAUUGUAAGAUCAGCUGUAACAGAGGAGAAGACCAAACUGGACAGUGUUCUUAGUGAAGUGCACCAACAUUUUGAUGGUGUAUCACAUAUUUCACACAAAUUGCUUGACUUAAAUUGUUUGAAAAGUGAUUUUAACACAGAGCUGCUGCCUUUACAAACUGUGUCUCAGCAUGGCCAGAAAAUCAUUAUGGCUUCAGAGUCAUUUAAGAAUGCGGUCCAGGAGAAACUUGAAACUAGUGCUAAAAAUUGUGAACGUCUCACUCAGAUUCACGAUGCACAUGGCAAGCAAGUGCUUAGCUUGAUUAGUACGGCAAAGCAGGGUGUUGAAGAACAUGCAAAUAAGUUGCUCUCCACUGUAGAGUCGUUUAAUGUUGAUAUCCAGAGAGAAACUGGAGUCCUGAAAGAAAUGGUGCAGUCAUUUGAAGACCCAUUAGUUAAACAGAGUGAUGAAUAUCAGAGUGCUCUUGAUCGCGUGCAAUCGCUUGGUGCUAAACCAUGCACUCCAACUGGAAAAACUCCUCUCAGAUCUGAUGUACGAAUUCCUCGCGAUCUCCCAUCAACAUUGCCUCAUGAAAGAAUUCUUUCUGGACUUCGAAGUAAAUACAGCAUUGUGUCAAAACUGAACCUUGAUGAUUCCCCAGGCAUAGACAGUGCAUACUCUGAUGUUGACUCAGACUUCAACAGUUCAGAAAUGGAUCUUUCGGCUAACAAAGAAAACUCCUUGAUUGAACGAGAAUCUUCAGAAAAAAGCUUCCAAUCUCAUCUUCCCAAACCUCGUAAACCACUGGCAAAUAACAAUUAAGUGAUUCAAUAGUUUAUUAUCAGCAUGCACAUUUAAGAUUUAUGCUCAAGUGCGUUUCAUAUUUUUGUCGAAUUUAUAAUUUUUCUUGUAUAGUGUUUCAAUUAAUUUGUAUUGCUCUGAUUGUACAUAUUGCAUGAGUGUACGCUAAAGUGCGUUUUAUAUUUUUUACGAAUUCCAUGACAUAAUUUUUCUUGUAUAGUGUUUUAACUUUUAU